AUCCUCUGGAAGGGGCGGGGGUGAGGGAAAGCACGCCCUGCUGCCCUCUGGAGUCUCCACCCCCUCGAGCGGAGUUCUAAGUAGGACAGGAGCUGUUCAGAGGGAUCAUAGCAGAGACGCAGAAAACACAAAACCAGACCCGUGUGGAAAGGAAAUCAUCAGCAGACUACGGAAGAGAAAAAGCAAAAAGAUUAACUUGAGAUUUGGAGGUGAUGUGGAAAACACUCAGAGUGGAAAGCAAACUCCCAUGUCUCCUCCUGCUGGUGGGAGCAAUCAUGACUGCUCAAUGCCAGGGCUUACGCAUGCGUUUCAAACGGGGAGCCAGAUCUAGAGCCAUUUGCACAGAGAAUUCAUCUGGACAAAUUUACCAGCACAGGGAGACCUGGCUGAGGCUCUCAGGGAGCAGAAUAGAAUACUGUAGGUGCGACAGUGGUCGGAGUCGCUGCCACACUGUGCCUGUCAGAGCCUGCACUAGAAAUAAAUGCUACAAUGGGGGCCAGUGUUCACAGGCAUAUUAUUCCCCACAACUCUUCAUCUGCCAGUGCCACCAAGGUUUCUCUGGGAAGCAGUGUGAAAUAGACACUGAAGUUAAGUGCUACAAAGAUGCUGGGGUAACAUACAGGGGUACAUGGAGCAUGACAGAGAGCGGAACUGAAUGUUUAAAUUGGAAUAGCAAUGCCUUGAUGGACCGGACGUACAGCGGCCGAAGAGAGGACGCUGCCGAGCUGGGAUUGGGCAAUCACAACUAUUGCAGAAACCCAGAUGAGGAUUCCAGACCUUGGUGCUAUAUCUAUAAAGGGGGAAAGUACAUCUGGGAACACUGCAGUGUGCCCUCCUGUUCAAAAGUUGGGAACAUCAACUGCAAAUCUGGAAGAGGCACAGAUUACCGAGGCAGCCACAGUGUUACUAGUUCUGGAGCUACCUGUUUGAGGUGGAAUUCUCGAAUCCUUGUCAACAAGAUAUAUACUGCUUGGAGAAGAGAUGCUUACCAGCUGGGCCUUGGUAGUCACAAUUUCUGCCGGAAUCCUGACAAUGACAGCAAGCCCUGGUGCCAUGUACUGAAAGGAAAUCAGCUUACAUGGGAGUACUGCAAUGUGCCUACUUGCUCCACCUGUGGCUUACGGCAGCGCAGAGUACACCAGUACAGGAUUAAAGGUGGCUCCUACACAGACAUUGCAGCUCACCCGUGGCAAGCUGCCAUCUUUGUGAAGUAUCGCCGAGCUCCUGGAGAACACUUCCUCUGUGGAGGAAUUCUGAUCAGUUCCUGCUGGGUUUUGUCAGCUGCUCACUGUUUUGAGGAAGGCUUUAGUACAAAUCAGCUGAAGAUUGUGCUGGGUAGGACUUCCCGAACAACACCCGAAGAAAAUGAACAGAAGUUUCAAGUGAAGAACUACAUUGUGCAUCAGAGAUUUGACUCAGAGAAUUUCAACAAUGAUAUUGCUCUGUUGCAGUUGAACUCGGAUGCAGAAGACUGUGCUAUUGAAACAGACACUGUCCGUGCUGCCUGCCUCCCAACACCAGAACUGCAGCUGCCUGACUGGACUGAAUGCGAGAUCUCUGGUUAUGGCAGAAAUGAAGAAUUUUCUCCAUUCUAUUCAGAGCACCUGAAGGAAGGCCACGUCAGACUGUUUCCAGCCAGUCGGUGCACAACACAGCAUCUAGACAACCGGACAGUUACAGACAAUAUGUUAUGUGCAGGAGACACAAGGCACCUUGAUGAUGCCUGCAAGGGUGACUCUGGAGGGCCUCUGGUCUGUAUGAAGGAUGAUCGUAUGUAUCUAAUUGGAAUCAUCAGCUGGGGAAUAGGCUGUGGCCGCAAAGACAUACCUGGCGUUUACACAAAUGUGAAUCGUUAUCUUGACUGGAUUCAGGACAACAUGAAACCUUGAGAAAGAAAAAUGAACCAUCCACAGUCUUGUGGCCAUGCUCUCGCAGCUUCCUUCUGUGUGUUUUAAGGAUGCUGACAGGGCUUCCCGUUUGUCCAGAUGCUUAUGACUUUCAGUACAAGAGGAAAACAAACUGCAGUGUGUCGGAAGGGCACAUUCUCAAAUUACUCUCCUUUCCCUAUUACAGGUUAUCAGAAGCUAACACUCCUUUACCCCCGACAUCCCCAAGCUUUCUACUUGCAUCAAAUCACAUUAGUACAAUUAAAAAUAAGUUUUGGGCCAAGAGAAUAAACCAAUAGAGAACAUCAUGCAUCCCCAUGAGCAGCUAUGUUGUUUUGGGAAUGGGUGUAAACUGAAGGCAGAGAGGACAGAUUUCCUGAAAACUUCAUCUCCCUCCUCCUUAUUUGGCUGUAAAUUUGGAAGACGUUCCAGUCAGGCUUAAGCUCUGUCCUUGUACCAUUUUACUUUGGUUAUUCAAGCUGGUUUCAGCUUGACUCCAAUACAAAGAGCAAAGCUGUAGGCAUGGGCUGCUUAUUGCCAUAUCAAUAUACUACUUGCUUUUUCAGUUUGGAAUCAAUUCAUUAACUGAAUCUGAGCUUAAACUCUCUGAGCAAAUCCAGGAUGGCAUGCUUGUUGGGACAUUCUAUUCUUCCCCUUGCUUUUCCUCCUGGUAGGAACUAAAUAUUUAUUUAAAUAUGGAAUAGGUAAAAAUCUUAACACCAGCCUUAUCUGCCACAGAAUCAACACAUUACUUUUUCACUAUUAAAUUUCUGUGCAUUAUCAUCUGAUAGGAAAGCAAAAGCUCUCUCUUCAGCACAGCAGGGCAGAACAAAGGACAAAUGUAAUGGUAGCAGUUUUAGGUGCCUGCUGGAUUUACAUCCACAAGCCAAAUGUUACAAGGCUGCAUUUGUCCUUUAACAGAAGACAGGACAGGUAUAACCAAGUCACCGUGAACUAGAAUCUCAGUAAUCAAGCAUUACUUGCUUGCACUGCAGUUGCCAUGUGAUGCUAAGUGGUAUCUAUGCAUGUCCUAAGAGUUAAGCCUCUUUGAGAGAUUCUCUCUUGUCCAAUUGUUUGAUAAAGUAAGAGAAAGCAGGUGUGACUACUGUUUUACAAAAGGAAAAAAUUUUACUGAGGCUACAAAAGGAGUUUUAACUUUAGUAUCAAUCAGGCAUUGUAGCUGGAAGACUAGGCUGUUUUAUUUGGGAAAUUCAAAACAUUGUAACUCAACAUGUUUACUCUCACAGUUUUAAGGAGCUCUCUGGUGAUCUACUAGCACAGCCUCUAGUCAAAUAGAAAAGCUUAUAUAGUAAGUACAGAAGAGAGAUUGGUAAGGACGCCCAUUCUUUCUCAAAUGAGUUUUAUAAAUGGCAACUUUACAAAUGGUCCAUAUCUUUCUAGCUACCAGCUUAGAAACCAACCUCAAAGAGAUCAUCUCUAAUGUCCUCAGAGAAAUGGUGUUAUAAGUCCAGUUAGCUUCAGCAGUGAGUCCCAUAUUCCAGCCAGUGGAAGGGGAAAAAAAAAAACCAAGAUGUUUAUUAAGAGAGAGUCACAGUUCAGUUUUUUUGGUGUGAUUUUUUUGUUGUUGUUAACUGUAUUUUAUUAUUAACUUUGAGAAAAAGACAAAUUAAUUUCCAUUCCUCUCCCCUAAACCCAUUUCGAAGUGCUGCUGUGCCUUGCUAUCUUGGCAUUCACAAGCUUACCAAGUAUUUGCAGCCUGUAAAACACCCAAAACUGUUCCAGUGAGUAACACAGGUAAGUGUCCUCAGGAACACAACUUUUGUUCCACAAUUCAAACAGUCUAUUAAAUACAUUAUUUGAGCUUGAUGUGAUCUAACAGCCACCAAUAAAAUGUAACUGAACCACA